AUGGUAAAAUUAUUGCCAUCUGAGGAGAUGACAUGUUCAAAUCCUGAAAAUAGCAUUUUGCAGUUACGCAGGAGUGUGUAUCUGUCGUUGUUUUUAGACCAUAUUGGAGAAGAGACAAGGUUAUUUUUUCCUGAGCUUAAAAGAUCUAUGGAGAUGGUUCAAGAAUUAAAGCAUGGUGUUAGUGAAGAUUUCUUCUUUUAUGAAUAUAUGUCUAGUAGUGAUGAGAGUUCUGACAGUGAUGGAUAUGAUACCAUUACACAUGGAGGAACGAGUAAUGAUGAUGACGGAUCUUCUAAUAACGAUGAUGAGGAUGAGGACGAGGACGAGGAUGAGGAUGCGGACGAUCAAGAUUGUGAUGACAAUGACCAUGAAGAAGAUCAAGAACCAAAAAAUAAGAAGCAGAAGUUGGAGAAGGAAAAAGAGAUAGAGGAGGAGAAGGUGGAUGAGGAUGAUAAGGGAAAGCAAACAUAA